AAAAAAAGUAAUAAAUAAAUAAAUAAUAAUAAUCUUCAAAAAAAAAAUGACAUCAUUGACUGUUUGAACUUGUAAGCGCUCAAACUUAUCUAGCCAGCCUAAACACUCCAUCUGUUUACAGGGGUUGUAAGCUUCAGAUAUUAACUGCGGUAGAUCAAAAGGAAUCAAGUGUAAACCUCAUUCUGUAGUAAACAUUCAAAAAUUGUAUACAGAAAAUAAAGGAAGUGCUACUUGAGAUACAAAAAUGUAAUAAUGUGAAACUAACGAGCUUGUGAGAGAUAAUGUAAUGUUUGGCUGUUUUAUUUGUUCUUCUGUAUGCCUUACACUUGCUGCUGUGUUUAUUCUUAAAUUUAUGCAAUAUUUUAUUUUGUUCGUCAGUUUAAAAUUUCUUCUUUUAUUUGAGCGACACAUUUUGGAAGCAUAUCAAGUUUGUAAUUCGAUUGUUGCAUACUGUUGUAAGAUCAAGAACACAUGUAUUGGGUAAAUUUGAGUGUUUCAUUUGAAUUUGGUUAUGAGCAACGUUUCCUUUAAAGCAGGUUGCGAGAUUAAGACAAAAUUAGGCGAUAGACUCUAUUCUAGGAGAUAAGAGAAUGGAUCAGGAACUUACAGUUCCUCCCUCCCAAAUUUUGGAACAUUUGACAGUUGAUGUGAACAGCAUAGCACGUUGGUAGCAGCGUUGGACGCUAGUAGCUAUCCAAACAUGUUCAGGAUAUAUCCGUUAAUAUAGAAAGGUUUAUUCGAGAAGGUUUGAACUUUUUGUGACAUUCCAGUCUUGGCAAACCCUACAAAUUGAAUUUUGCUCUUCAUGAAAACAAUUCGCAAAAAAUAAACUUAAGACGCAAUAAGAAUGUCACCCAGAACGCAGAACUUUUUUUUUUGUUGUUGGCGAUCGAAUUUCCUGAAAUACAAAAAGUCAUGAAAAAAAAUAUUCUCUUGAGAAAAAGCAAGCUCUGAGGGAAGAACUAGAAGUGAUAACGCAUUUUGCAUAUUAUUUUUUCAGAUUUGUUGUGUGUAUUUUAAAAAUAAAACGAACAACGUUAUGUUUUAACACAAUUGUUUUUUUUUUCAUGUUGUAUUGAUUGAUUGAUAUAUAAUUCUAUUUAUUUCAACAAUGCGCUUAAAAACUAGCAUGAAGAGUUAUUCAGUUUGGGGUGGUUCACUCAUCGCGUCAAAAUUUGUUGUUUGUCUGAUGUUCAAGAGGAAGUUCUGCAACAGCAAAUGACAGAAAUUAAAUAGAUAAUCUGCGACAGGAAGGAGAGGAGGAGAUGUACGUCACAAGUGAACGACCCCAAUUAAUUUCUGUAAUUCCGGCGAUUGAGCCAAAAAACAAAAUUUAAUAGUAAUAAUUUUUAUUUAUUUUUUUUCAAUAUUUUUCUUUUUUUUUCUUUCUUUAUAAUUCUUCAUUCAAAUUAAAUGUUUUUUUUUUCUUCUCUCGAGAAAUAAAUCUGCGCGCGCCUUAAAAAUGAAAUGAAUUCUACAAUAAAAACCUAAUACUUUACUUAAUUUAUUAAUUAAACAUAUAUAUCCGAUUUAUUUCUUCUGCUUUUUUUCUUCAAUUAGAGUAAGGAAAAAAAAUACAAAAUAAUUUAUACAUUGAAACUAUAUACCACCGAUAUAAUUAUUUUCUUCUAUUACUUUGUCUCUCACUUCUUCUUUACUUAGAUGCUCUUUCGAUUGCGAACAUUAUUACAUAUCUAUCUCUUUACUUUUUCUUUUCUUCUAAACUCCUCAUUAAAUAAGAAGUAGGAUUUUUUCCUAUCAAAUUCUAUGAAUUUUUAGUCCACUUGAGAUAAUUACUUCCUCUUCUUUAAUGUAAUAUGUUGAAGUAAAAACUACUAUGAGGAUGUGUACAUGAAAUAAUAAAAAUAAAGACAUGAAAAUAGGGAAGAUAAAAUAAAAUCGAAGAACAUUUUUUUUUCUUUUCAUAAUUUAAAUAAUUACAAUCUUUUAAAUUAUAUAAAAAAUAACUAAAAAAAUCCAUUUUGAGAAAAAAUAUCUAUCAAGGGUUUUCCUCUCUCUUGUUUUUUUGCUUUCUUACUUAAACGAUUAGCGAUUUUUUAUCAUCAUCAUCAUCAUUAUUUUGUUAUUUUCCUCAAUUUUUUUUUCUUCUUUCUUUUAUCUUUCAUCAAUAUAUGUAGACUAAAUACAAAUGUUUUACUUCCUUGUCUAGUUGAUAAUCUUGAGGCUUUUGGGAUAUUCGAGCUGAUUUCUGAUUAUUUAAUCUAUUUUGAACCUACUAAACUUCUGCUUUUCUGUAGCUUUACUGAUCCUGUAAGCUUAAAGUUAUAUUCUGAAUAGAUCAUUAAAACAGAAGAUUGGAAUAAGGUGGAUCGAGCCAUAAGUAGGUAAAUCUGCCAGUGCGAGAGUACGGCUUCUGUGGCGUGAAUGGUUAAGCAACAGACUUCAACUCUCUCUUUUGUGAGGACGUGGUUUCGAUUCCCGAAAAUGUCUAUUUAAGACUGAUAGCUAAGGUUAGUCAAAGACUUCACUGACUAAGUAGCAAACUGAUCAGAAAUCUCUUGUUUUGCCGCGAUAAAGAUUGAUUCUUCCUUAUUGAAGAAACUGGAGGACAGCAGUUACAUCUGUCUACUUAUUUGAUGCACUAAUGUAGCACAACUCGGCAAAUACAGAAUUUUUUCAUAUUUAUGACAUAACCUCAAUUAAAAAUAAAAUCUUCAGCUAUUUGAUUAUUUAGCUUCAACAAGAUUUGCCUUUGGAUGUCAAUCAAAUUAAAUUGAUCAAGUUUCGGUCUUUUUGGAAUUUAGCAACUCAGCUUCUUAUCGAAAUCUUAGUGUUUACUGAUAAUCAAGCCUCUGGAUGUUGAAUUCAGCAAGUUUUGUAUCAAAUUUAACUCAGAAAUUCCAGCCAACAUCUCAAGAAACUCUUAGAUUCUCAAUUUUAACAAUUAGAAAAUAUUUUUAUCUAAAAAAAUUGAACAAAACUUAAGAAAUGAUGAAAAAACGAAAAAAAAACUGAUUUCCCUUAUAAAUUCUCUCAUUUUCCUAGUUGAUGUUACUUUCCAGAUGAUAAAUAAUUAGGAAUUGACCACAAUUAAUAUUCCAAUUUAAGAAAAGUAUUCAUCGCAAGCCUCUUUAUCAAAAAGAGACAUCAUAAAUUAGUUUGUUAUAAAAAUUUGUUCGUUUCCUCUUGCAAUUUUUUUCUUUCUUCUUCUUUAAGAUGUGCAAAAAAAACUUCUUAAAUUUCAAAUUAGCUUUUAAAUAAUAUGUAGUCGCACACAAUUGGGUUGUUAAAUACUUUUUUUUAUGCUCAUUCAUGAAUGAAGAAAAACUUUUAAUUUAAAGAGAAAUCAAUUAAUUAUUUGUAUAUUACUAAUAACUAUUUCCUUUUCAAUAUUUACAACAGAAAAAUAAUGUAAUUAAAAUUUUUCUCUUUUAGCUAAAAACGAACGCCAAUUUCAAGUUAUAGAGGAGAGCUUUGUCGAAUUAGUUUUUAAUUUUGUGUCGUUAACUCGGAAUUGGGGUUGAUUGAAAGUUACUAGCUCUGUAAAUUUAUCGAAUUUUAUUGCUUUUAAAGGUUAAGUUUUUAUUUUUUUGAAAACCAUAUAAAUUCUUGUUAUUAAAAAAUUAACAAUUUCAUAGAUUUCGAUUGAAUUUGAAAUAAUAAGUUGACAAAUUAAUAACGCAAAACCAGUAAAAUUUAAAUAAUUUACUCCAAUAAAUUCCAAUCAACGCCAACCUCCGAUUCUUAGUAUCGUGAAAUUCAAAUUUGUUUGUGACUUUUUAAAUAAAAAGUUUUCAAUUGGGAAAUAAAAUAUUUUUAAAAAAGUUAAUAGACCCCCAUUAAGUGUGUAUGUAUUGUGAAACAUAUUUUUUUCUCUCAUUUUUGUUUAUCAUUCGGCUAAUUUUUUUUUUAAAAUAUAAUUAUUAUUAUAUUCAUUCAUAUUUUUUUUUGUUUUAGAUAUCAAAAAAAUUCUAAUGUAAAAUUAAUAUUUUUUCUUCUUGUGGAUUACUAAACAACUAAAUUGAACGAAUUAUUUACAAAAUUUGUUGAGGAAUCGCUUCUAAUAAGCUCAGACAUUUCGCGAUCCUCUCAAUUUAUUAUUGAAGAGCUUUAUUCUUUUAAAUUCCUUAACAGCAUAUAGGGUUUUUAAUUUUUUUGUAAUUUUUUUUUGUUUUUAUUUCAUUAUAUCAUUCCAACUAAGAAAUAUAUAUAAUAAGAAGUAGGGGGUGAUGGGUGAACUUAUUGGAAACAAUGAGAAAAAUCUGCUUUAAUACAACGAUGUUUGUCCAUUGUUUAUUUUAUUUUUUUUUGCGCAAAAGAUGGAACUGAAAUAACUUUGCUUGCAAAUCAUCAUUAUUUUUUUUUUAAAAUAUCUUUUAUGAACUGAAAAAUGAAAAUCAGAAUUUUGAAGAUUUUUUGUGUAUUUUUUUCUUAACUUCCACGCGAAAGCAUGAAAGUCAUUGUUUUGUCCUUAUGCUUAGUACUCGAACGUGAAAUUUUUGUUUUUUUAACUCUUGUACGGAAUAUUAUCUUAAUUUUCUUUCACAAUAUGAAAAAUAGUAUCGAUCAUUAUUAUUUACUUUCUGCUCAAUGUUAAUUAUCAAAUUAUUAUUUUGGAUUUCAUCAUCUUGUUUCAUUCGAUAAGACACUUUUUACAGCAGAUUCUUAUGAUUAGCUAAAUUUAAUUUUUUUUCUGUUUUUUCCUCAUUCUUUUCCUCUUUCUUUUGUGUUACUUAAUAUGUGUGUGAUUUUUCUUUUAAAUAUUAUUUUGUUUUUUUUUUCUUUAGAAAUCAUAAUUAUCAGGUAAGCGCCAUCUCGCACAAUCAUCACUUCCAAUGCAAAACGCGGAAGUAGUCAGCUUUUAGCAGCCAAAUAAAAAGGUAUUUUCUAAUCCUUCACAGCAACUCACAGUGAACAACGAAAUGUUUAGCUUCACCCAAAUUGAACAUGUUCUGGUCAUAACGAGGAGAUAUACGCAUUUAUCAUAUCUAUCUUAGUACAAAGAAAUUGUUACCACAGACAUUUCAAGAUUGCUAUCGUCUGAUGAGACAAAUAAUUCAUCUAAGCUAUAAUCACUUUCUAAUAAAUGACUUUCAUUUAAAUAUGAUGAUUCUUGAUCGUCAUGUGACGUUGCUGCUGUUAAUGAUGAUGAUGCAGCGGAACUUUGACACUGCGACUCAUUGGUAUUUCCAUUUAGUGAUGAAUCGCAGUCAACUCUUGGUCACUUACUGCUCUCGCGAGAUCCACGUCUUCGACGACCUUCUGAUUGACUAUCU